AUGGCACCAUCAGCAAGAUGGCCUUCGACAGAAGCCGAUGCGAGCCCAUUGGGUCAGCCGCUGAAGUUCGAGUUCAGUGGCCGGACGACCCCGAAUCGCUUCCUCAAGGGUGCAAUGACUGAACGGAUAUCGUCUUGGUCGCCUACUGAUGUCAAGUCGAGGGGUGUUCCGUCGAGGGAGUUGAUUAAUCUCUAUAGGCGGUGGGGAGAGGGGAACUACGGCGUCAUCCUAACCGGCAACGUAAUGAUCGACCCCGAGCACCUCGAAGCCGCAGGCAACCCCAUCGUCCCCCGUGACGCUCCCUUCGAAGGCGAGCGGUUCGAGCGGUUUAAGGCGUUGGCCACCGAGACGAAGAAGGGUGGCGGUGCUCUGCUCGUCGCGCAGGUCAGCCAUCCGGGUCGACAGGUCAGUGAUCGGAUUCAGAAGAAUCCGAUUAGUGCCAGUGCGGUGCAGUUGGAGGGGGAGAUGAUGGGAAUGACGUUUGCGAAGCCGAGGGAGGCUAGUCAGGAAGACAUUGAUGGGGUGAUUGAUGGUUUUGCCCAUGCCGCGGAGUACUUGGAGAAAGCAGGCUUUGACGGUGUUGAGCUGCACGGAGCCCACGGCUACCUCCUAGCCCAAUUCAUCUCUCCCACCACCAACCAGCGGACCGACAAAUACGGCGGCUCCCUCGAGAACCGCUCCCGCAUCAUCAUCGAAGUCGCCAACGAGAUCCGCCGCCGCACCAAACCUGGAUUCAGCGUCAGCAUCAAGCUCAACAGCGUCGAGUUCCAAGAAGCCGGCCUCCAGACCGAUGAGGCACGCGAGAUCUGCAGCAUCCUAGAGACCAACGGCUUUGAUUUCGUCGAGCUGAGCGGCGGCACCUACCAAAAACUCGCCUUCGACUACGACCUCAUUGAACGCGAAAGCACGAAGCGACGCGAAGCCUUCUUCAUGACCUUUGCCGAAAUGAUCGCUCCCGCCCUGUCGAAGACGAAAGUCUACGUCACCGGCGGGUUCAAGACGGUAGGCGCAAUGAUCGAGUCUCUCCAGACCGUCGACGGCAUCGGCAUCGCGCGUCCAGCAUGCCAGGAACCUCGCCUGCCAAAGGACAUCUUAUCCGGCAAAGUUAAGGGAGCGAUCAAGAUGCAGUUCGACGAGAACGACUUCGGGAUUCAACUGAUCGCUGCUGGAACGCACAUGCAGCAGAUUGGGAAUGACAAUGAGCCGGUUGAUUUGAGUAGCACGGAGAACGUGGAAGCUUUUAAGAAGGAUAUGGGAGUUUGGGCGCAGAGGAUGGGGGAGGAUAAGGAGGGGCGGUUGCAGGCGUAUGUGGAUGUUACGAGUGUGCCGGCGGUGCCUUAUGGGACUGCUGUUGCUCCGCUGAGCUAG